AAAAAAGCUCGGCAAAUCUUUUGGAUUCCAUGGUCUGUGGAGCACGAAUGUGGUCUCAGGAGGCUCCGCGACGCUAGAGCCACUUUGGCCAGUUAAACUUCUUGCAAGCUUCAACUUAUAACCUACGACAUCGACGGCAACGUGCCACGACCAGCGUCUACACAUAUCCCACCCAUCACGGGCUCCAUCGCGAACAAUCCAUCGAACAUAUCGGCCGAAUUAUUACUGCACCUGCCUGAAACCGUCGCACCCCACUUCGCUACCGCGCGAGUCGAAGCUCUGAUAGCUUCCAGAGCCCCCCUAACUUCCGCCCACCGACGACGCCCCGACCCCCCGCCAUGCGUCUUUCGGUGCUUGGAGCUCUGUCUCUGAGCUCCGUGGCUUCCGCCUUUUACCUUCCCGGCGUUGCUCCGACCGACUACAAGAAGGAUGACCGGGUGCCACUCUACGUCAACCAUUUGACGCCCAGCACGAGCGAUGCCACACCGGAGCAGCAACAGCUCCACUCGGUCUGGUCCUAUGACUACUACCUUCCCCAGUUCGGUUUCUGCCGACCAGAAGGCGGGCCCAAAAAAGUCUCCGAAUCGCUGGGAUCCAUUCUGUUUGGCGACCGAAUCCUAACUUCGCCGUUUGAGCUACGCAUGGCAAAGAAUGAGACCUGCAAAAGACUAUGUGAGCCGAAGAAGUACGAUAAGCCAAUGGCACAGUUCGUGACGCGCAAGAUAUGGCAGAACUUUAAUCUCAACCUACUCGUGGACGGGCUUCCGGCGGCCACCCAGACGCAAGAUCAGCGUGGCAACGAAUAUUUCACUCAAGGUUUCCCGCUGGGCUUUGUUGACGUUCCGGAGCCCGAGGACGAUAGGCGCCCUACAGCCUACUUCAACAACCACUACAACUUCAUCGUCGAGUUCCAUAAGAUCUCGACUCGCAAUGGUGAACCUCGAUACCGUGUGGUUGGAGUAACAGUGCAACCCGAGUCGCGCAGUAGCCGGGAAGACCCCUUGAGGGAGUUCGGGGCGGACUGUGACGACGCUACGCAGAUAUCGCUCGAUAUGGAGGGCGGUACUGAGGUCCUCUUCACUUACUCUGUCUACUGGAAGCCAUCCAACACGGCGUGGGCAACCCGCUGGGACAAGUACCUUGGUGUCGUGGAUCCCAAUAUUCACUGGUUUUCACUCGUGAAUUCUGCUAUCAUAGUGGUGUUCCUUACUUCCAUGGUCGGAAUGGUGCUUCUGCGCGCCUUGCGUAAGGAUAUUACCCGCUACAACCAACUGGACCUCAACGAGGACGUGCAGGACGAUUCCGGCUGGAAGUUGGUCCACGGGGAUGUCUUCCGUCCGCCCAAGAAUCCCAUGUUGCUGUCCAUCUUCCUUGGUUCGGGUGCGCAGCUGUUCUUCAUGACCGGGUUUACUAUUGUAUUCGCGCUGCUAGGUUUCCUGUCACCGUCCAACCGUGGCAGUCUGGGUACCGUUGCAAUCCUCCUGUACACAUUGCUCGGUUUCGUCGGUGGCUACGUGUCCGCGCGGGUGUACAAGACGCUCGGCGGCGAGGCAUGGAAGCAGAACAUCGUGUACACACCCAUCAUGGUCCCCGGUAUUGUCUUCGGCACCUUUUUCUUCCUCAACCUCUUCCUGUUCUUCCAGCAGUCAUCUGGCGCCGUUCCGUUCACUACCAUGCUCGCGCUCAUCUGUAUCUGGUUCAUCAUCUCGGUGCCUCUUUCGUUCGGUGGUAGUUGGUUCGGGUUCCGCGCGCCUAUCCCAGAGGCUCCGGUCAGGACAAACCAGAUUCCGAGACAAAUCCCACCGUCGCAGACGUACCUUAGGCCUAUCCCGUCGAUACUGCUGGCCGGUAUUCUGCCGUUCGGAGCCAUCUUCGUCGAGCUGUACUUCAUCAUGAAUUCCAUCUGGUUCCACAAAGUGUACUACAUGUUCGGCUUCCUCUUCGUCUGCUACGGCAUCAUGAUCGUCACCUGCUCGAUGGUGACCAUCCUGAUGGUCUACUUCCUGCUCUGCAGCGAAAACUACCACUGGCAGUGGCGCGCAUUCUGCACGUCGGGCGCCUGCGCGGUCUACAUCUUCUUGAACGCCAUCAUCUACUGGAUCAGCAAGCUGAGCCUGGGAAGCUUCACGGGAAACGUCCUGUACCUCGGUUACUCGGCGCUGAUUGGGUUUAUGUUCUUUAUUCUGACUGGUUCUAUCGGGUUCUUUUCGAGUUACUUCUUUGUCAGAAAGAUUUACGGUAGUAUCAAGAUCGAGUAAGGGCGAGGCGAACGGGAUGGGGAUUGGGGACAGUAUGGUAGGGCUUAGCCUGUUUAGCUGUCAUUGUCGAUGGCAGGCGUGGGGAUACUGGUAUUUGUGGUCACCUCCCAGUCGCGAAUGGAUUAUCCCCUUGUGUGGUGCAGGUUGUGGUGGUGUGUGAGCUUGUAUUUUGCGUUUUGGGUUAGAAGGAGGUCGGCGUGUCUGUCUGUCUGUGUUGAGGGAGCAUGAAGAUCAGAGGAUGUGCGGGUGUGGGGAUGUGCGGAUGAAUGACGACGGGUGUAUUUGUACUCUACUUGUGAUUUCGUUUCCAUUCGAUGCCAUGUACCGUAUGUAAUUCCAAGAUGUACCGUAAUUCCAAGAUGUACCGUAAUUCCAAUAUGUACCGUAAU